GGACGCGAAUUAACGACAACACAUCGCCCGACCCGUAACAAGCCUCGAUACAUACUCAAUUGGCUCAAGAUGGCGUCGGGAUAUGGUCUGAACGGCGGCGUCGGCCGCUGCUUUCCCUUCUGGCAGGAGGUUAUGGGCUGCUACGUCGUCAACACCUCGGCCACUGACGACUCGGGCAAGAAGAAGUGCGGUUUCGCCCUCGAAGACUACUACGAGUGCCUUCACCACAAGAAGGAGGUGAGUUCGGGCCCGAGAGAAGCCGGUGCAUUCGGCAUCGCGGGACAGGAUAUUGACGAUGGUGUACAGCACGCCCGAGCCCUGGCGAUCCAGGCCGCCUACGCCAGAACCGAGUCUUCGACUGCCCGAGACGACGCGCCGAGCGUUAAGCAAAUACGGAACCUGGGACUCAUCGAUAAGGAAGAAGACACGAAGAAGGUGUUGGGGCAGAGCUAG